AUGUCUGGCCAAGAUUUGGAUGCAAUUAUUCAGGUUACCCAACAAUCGUUGGGUAAAUAUAUAAAGAAGCCGCCAUUAACGGAAAAGUUGUUAAAAAAGCCACCGUUUCGUUUCCUGAUGGACGUCUUUAAUGCGUUCAUCAAGCAAACCGGCUGCCUGGAUGGUCUAUACACAGCGGAUGAGCAGCUUUUCGAGAAUAUUGGUGAUCGUGAGGACAAGAUACGUUUUCUCCAAAAGAUGAUUGAUGCCAUAAAGCUAACCACAAAGAAGGAGCUAAAAGUGAAAACAUCGAAAAUUGUUGCUGGUCAUGAGCCCGAACUGACCAAUGAGCUGCUUCAGGCCAUGGCUAGUGUGGCGGAGCAGCAUCUAGAAUGGCAGACUGCUGUCCAACAGGUGGUGGCAUCCUUUGGGGGCAAUAAGGAAAAGGAAAACAAGUCCAAGCCGAAGGAAACUAAAACUACAACUAAGAAUAUUUCACCCAAUAGCAAACAGGAAGACGAAACCAAGAAGCGAAAGGAGAAACGCAUGUCGCCACAAGAACAAAAGUUACGCAAGGCCACGGAGUUGGCCUCUCGGGUCACGCCCACUGAGAAGGAAAAGGCUGCCCAGCGUAAAGCUAAAGUAAGUAAACAGAAAACUCCGUCGCCGGACAAACCCGUGGCCAAGAGCAAGCAGAAACAACUUUCCACGGAAAGCGAAACCAAGACCCCAUCGCCGGCUCCAGCACCAGCUGCUCCCCAAUCGGUUGCCGCAGUUCCAGCAGAGCCUCCCACUCCUAAGAAGGAGCCUCAACCAGAGCCAAUGCCUACAAAAGAGACUCUAUCGCCACCUCCAGCUGUUGAGCCAGAGAGUCGCAAAUCCUCAGCCCAGCGCCGUAGUUCGUCAUCCUCCAGUAAGAGCAGACGUUCUAGUGCCAGUCAGAAGCAGCCCGAGGCAGUUGCCACGCCUGAGCCAGUCCAUGUGCCCAUUUCAAUGGCUGAUACCAACAAUAACAACAGCCACAGCAACGCUGAGGUUAAGCGUGAAGGAACCUUCACCAGAGAGAACUCUAAUGACACGAAUCCACCACGUCCUCGCACCUCGCUGCGUCCACCAAGUGCAAGACCAGCCUCGGCACGACCCGGAGCUCCCAGACGGCGCAAUGUCGAGAUUGUUUUGCAGCCCAAUGAUCAGGUGAAAAUGUCGGGAAUUAAUGUUAAACUGGAAACUUUUGGCGAUUUAGAUGAUGAUGGCGAGAAUCUGGUGAUUAUUGAAGAUGCUCACGCGCAUGACAUUGAAACUGGAGGCGAUGGAGCAGGAGGACAAGGAGGAGAGAUGGAAACCGGACAACCAAAUGGUGAAUUGGAUGCUCAUGGUCGUUUGGUCCAGCAGAUAUUGGAAACCCAAAAGGAGCUAGUCCAACAAUCACCCGAUUCAAAUGAUCAGCGACAGCAGCAGCAGCAAAUAACCCAUCAAGGAGCACGCCAAAGCUCCGCACGUCAGGUGAACGAUCUGCGCGAUGUCAUACAGAGCCUAACCAAAUCGGUUAAUCCAUUGGGCAAACUAAUGGACUUUAUACCAGAGGAUAUUGAUGCAAUGCAGCUAGAGCUGACCAUGUGGCGUGACACCUACACACAAUCGGCGAUGGACUUGAAACGUGAAAGGAAUCUCACAGCCUCCGCCACAGAGCCGAUGAAGCAGCAAUUGGUGCAAAUUGAAGCGAGCAUUUUGGAGUAUCAGGAACUUGUGGACGAGAGUCGUCACAAGAUUCUGCUCAAUAACGAACGUAUACACAAGAUGCUUAUGGAACAGUAA